AUGAGUAUAUUAGUAAGAUUAAAGAAUAAACUUCACGAUCCAUCGUUAUAUGAAACGAAGAUUCGUGAAUUUGAUGAAUGUAUGUUACUUCUCAAAACUGAGAAUGUCGAAUUACACAAGCGUAUUGAUCAGCUUGAGGCAUUGUAUAAAACAAGUAUGAGAACUCAACAAAAACACUUUCUUGAAGAACAUAUACGACAACUUGAACAAGAAAAUGAAAGACUAUUUGUUGAAAAUCAAUGUCAACGACAAGAAUAUGAACGUUUCUUAAACCAAUUAACAACAAUGGUUAUACGAACAGCUGUCAUGCAAGAAAAUAUUCGUAAAGAAUGUGCAUCAAUUUAUCAUAUAAUUGAACGAUUAUCAUUUUUAACAAUAAAUGCAAUUCGAACUAAACAUCCAUUUGAAGUUAUAAUCAAAGAAAGAAGAAAAAGUUUAUCAUGGGAAAAUUUAAAUAAAUCUUGUGAAUUUAUUUCAAAUUAUCGAAAAUUACCGAAAUUAACUAAAGACUUAAUUCAUUCUCCAUCAUCAUCGAAUUCAUCAUCAACGACUCAUUGUUCAAUUUCAACAUCGGAUAGUUGGACACUUGAUUUAUCAUUCGAUAAUAAAGAUGCAAAAAAUCAAAUGUUAAUUUCAAAUAAACCAACAGAAGAAGAAGAACAACAAGUUCUUCAACGUUCCGAAACAUUUACAGUUUCAAAAAUACCACAAGAAAAAUUAUCUUUACCUCUUUCGAUGCCAGAUAAUGAUCACAAUGCUCAACAUCAUCCUAUAACUCGAACAAUAGCUCCAACAACAUUAACUAUUGUUCGUCCUUCUAGACUGCCUUCACGUUGUUCAAAUUCAAAAAUACAAUCAUCAAAUAAUAAUCGUUCAUCGUCAACACAAAAAAUGUCAAAAUUACCAAUUCGAACAAUAAACACAUUGAAUCAACAACAAACUUCAAUUAAGAAGUCAAAUAUUCCAACACACACAGUAACUAAAACAAAGAACGAAGGAACUUUAGUAUCUAAUUGUUCUAACACUUCAACGAACAAUAAUAAUAAUAAUGAUAAUACGAUAAUAAAAAAAACAAUUCGACCACCAUCGAUUGUUCAACUUCCCUCACAUAAAAUUCGAUCACGUUCGACUACAAUAACUGAUAAAAGUAAUACAAAAACAACAUCUUUAUUAAAUAAAUAUACAAAAACAACCGGAGAGACCGUAAAAUCUAAUGAUCCUAUUCAACAGAUGAAUUCAACAUCAAGUGAAUCCAGUAUUGAAGAACGACAACAUGUAAAUAAAUUCUUAUCGAUUGUACAAGAUGAUGGAUAUUCUACAUGGUCAUCUAUUGAUGUAAAAGAUGAUGGAAUAAUGAAUAAUAUAACGAAAAAUGAAACUAAUGAUAAACAACGAAAUAUUGGACUUAUUAAAACUUGGCUUGAUACAUCGAAAAGACAAUAUUCUAGCAAACCGGUGAACGAAGUUGAAAACAAUAAAUAUGAACACAGUUCAUCAUUUCUAUAUCCAUCUGCUCGUAAUUGUUAUUCAAAUGAUAUAUCUAUACCUCUUACAUCAACAACAAUUUCAUCAUCAAAUAAAGAUAUGUCACUUGAUAGUCUCGAUAGUCCACAAUCAAAAGAACAAAUAAUUCUAUCAUCAACAACAUUUUCUCGUUCUGAAACAUUUGAUAAAGUACUUACUACACCAUCAUUACCAAAUAUUACAGAUGAUGUUGAUGAUUUAACUAGUUCAUCAUCAUCAUCAUCAUCAACAUUUAAUAUGUCCGAAUAUAUUGAAGAUCAUUUUAUUGAUGAAAAUGAUAGUAGUAGUGAAAAUUCAUCAUCAUAUGAAACAACAAUAACAAAUAGAAAUCUUUCAGUAAAACCUCAAAAACGUCUUUUAUUUCCUGGUUUAUUAAACCGUUUAAUAUUUUUUCGUCGAAUUUUAUCGGAUUCUGAUUUACAACAAAAAAAAUUUUUCCUCAAUGAAAAUGAAAAUCAAUUUCAUGUUUAUCAUUCAAAUAUAAUAAAUGAACAUUCCGUUGAAAUUAAUCUAAUGAAUACAUAUGGUUCUGAUAGUGAAUUACAUGUUUGGUCAAAUAAUUGUGCUGAACAAAGAAAAUUUCUCUUUGAACGACAACAACAACAAUUAAUAAAUCAAAUUAAAGAAAAUAAAAUACAUCAUGAAAAUUAUAAUCAACAAUUAGCACUUGAACGUCAAGUAUUACUUCAACAGAUAUAUGAAUAUCCAUGGUUAUUACAGGAAAAUGAUCUUGAUAAAACGACUUUAAUUUCAUCGGCAAACAUGGAACAACCAUUAGUAUCACCUUCAUCUGAUCUAAUUGUUCCAACACAUAAUCCAGAUUUUUAUCAAUUAUGUGCAUUAACAAAUAGUAGUUCAUUUGUUAUAUCGUAUGAUCCUAAUGCAAAACACACUACUACUCCGACAACAUCAUCUAUUUUAUAA